AUGCAAACAAGUUUUUUGGUGACAAAGGCUAUAGACUAAAGCUGCUUUAUGGACAUUUAAGAAAAUAAUGAGAUGAUAUAAAAUAGAACGAUUUGCUACGAUUAAGCAACUUAAAUUUAGUAAGCUCCUCCUAUUCAAAUUGAUGAGUUGUAAGAUGAAGAUAACUAAGGAUCCUCAGAAAGCACUAAAUCUAAUGAAAAUGAAGAACAAAUUAGUCCCUACUUUAUAAGCACCAGCCCUACAACAUUAAACUAAAAUAAAAUGAGACUGCAGCCCUUCUUGAGUAGCGCAUCAAGAGACAGAUUAAUCUUAUUAUUUAAAAAAGAAAAUUAUAUAAAAUUCAGUUCCUUAUAUGAAUCUUCUACAAAUCUCACAUUGAAGGCGUUCAAUAAAGAUAUGAACCAAUAUGUCGUUCUUAAUAUAUUCAAAGGAAUGAAAGAUGAUUAUCUGUAAGUUAAGGAAGAACACGAAAAAGUAAAAAGAAUUUAUAACAACUAAUAUUUGCUUUACGUUUAUAAAAUUGUUUAUUAUGAAGAACUCUUUGUUUAUGUGAUUGUUUCUGAAGUCUAUGAAUCAUCUCUAUAAGACGAAUUAUAUUAAAUUUAAUAACAAAAAUUCUAAUACACUCCUAAUAAAGCAUACACUCUAUUAUCUUAAUUAUAUUUUGGAAUAGCAGAGCUCCACACAAAUAAUAUUGUUCAUAAAAAUAUCAAUCCACUGAAUAUACUAAAAAUUAAUGAUGGAUUAUACAAAAUUGGUGGAUUUGGAACUUGGAGAAACAUCACAAAAUAAACUCUCUAAUCAUUUACUAAUUAAAUUAAUAUGAAAUUUCUUUCACCUGAGUUUUUAGAAAAAUUAUAAAACCCAGCGAUUGAGUUGACCUCUAAAUCUGAUGUCUAUUCGUUAAGUGCAAUUUUUUUGGAUAUUUUAUUAGAAAUAAAGUAAGCAGAACCUGUAAAUCAAACCCCUAAAUCAAAUAUUACCAAAUAAAAGCAAAAUUAUAAUCCACAAUAAGAAUAAUAUAUUAGUUACUUCAAGAAGCAUCUUUUAUGCUUUAAUUAUAAAAAGAGAAUUUAUUCUUAUGAAUUAAUAAAUUUAAUCCACUAAUUUGUUAAACCAUAGGAAAAUUGCUUAAAGGAGACUCUAAAGCAUAUAGGAAAAGUACUUUCUACUCCCUAAAUAGAUUAUACUCAGAAUAUCCAAUAUCUUAUGAACUACAAAUUAGCAAUAAGCGAUUUUAGGAUUAAUUUAAUGAAAAUAUAUUAAUAAAAAUUAUUACCUUGGCUAGGAAUAGCUCAAGUGACUGCUGAAAGUGGAUAUUUGAAUGAAGAAUAUGGAUUGUUCAAAAAAUCAUUGGAGAGAUAUCAAGAAGCUAUUGAAAUAUAUAAGCAAAUAAAAGCUGGUAGUAGUGAUGAAAUGAUAGAUCUACUAAGAAAUAUAGCUUAGGUGUAUCAAAAACUUGGAGAUUAUGAAAAGUAUCUUGAGUUCUCUAUGAAAUCUUUGGAAAUGGCAGAAGAUCUUUAUAAAAAUGCCAAUCACAUUUAAAUAAUAUGCUCUCUCCACUAUGUUUCAUGGAGCUAUUAUUUCCUUAAACAAGGCUAAAAAGCCUUAGAAUAUGCAGAAAAAGCUCUCCAUUUAAGAUAAAAAAUCAAAGAAAUACACACAGCUAGCAACAUUUAAACUCGUUCAUAAUAGUUUUAAAAUAUGGCAUAUACCUUAGAAACUGUUGGAGCUGCUAAUUAAUUAGUAGGAAAGAGAGAUGAAGCUUUGAGAUACUUCUAACAAAGCUUAGAAGAAUUAAAAAAAUCUGCUAAGGGUAAUCGUCCUGAUCUAGCAGCAUCCUUAAAUAAUAUUGGUGUAAUUUAUGAAGAAAUGGAAGAUUAUUAAAAUUCAUUGGCAUAUUUUACCUAGGCUUCUGAAAUGUAUACAAAAAUUUAUGGUAAUUAUCAUCCUCUUUUAUUAAUUUCAAAGAAAGGAAUUUUAAGGUCUCUACAAAAACUAAAUAGAAUAGAGGAAAUUAAUUAAUUAGAAAAAGAAAUACUCAAUAUUGAAAGCCAUGUAUAGAAGAAUAAUAAUUGA